AUGUGUGUGACUACAAGGCUAGUCGCAUUUUUGUUCCUGCUCGAAUGUUGUCUUGGUGCACGCAACUGGGUGUACGAGCCACUCUCUGUUGAAGUGAAAACCUCGGAUCCAACAAAACUAAACAUUGAGGCGAAAUUGGAUCGAAUUGGACGUGAUUUCACCAUAUCAAUCACAUUGGAUUGGAACUACGAUGUAGACGAGACGACAAUGGUCGAAGCUUAUAGUUAUCGCAGCGCUUCAGGGAAUGAGAACGAUUACACGCCUCUGCCAUGGACCAUGCCCAGGCAGACAUAUAAAAAAUAUACCGAAACCUACUAUCAGAACAUAGUCUAUAAAAACUUAGCCAACUGCUCAAAUCUGCCCAAGCCCGACAACGUCGAUCCUUGGCCCCGAGGACAGUACAUAUUGGACAAGUGUGUGGCCAAUGGCGAUGGAUUACCAGAAAUUGCGCCCGAAGGCUACUAUAAGGUUAUAUUUCAGGUGUUCGGUGAGGUUGACUGGGAAUUUCUAGUAAUAUCCAAACUAACGAACAAUAAAAAUAUUCUUGGUUGAGAGAGAGAGAGAGAGAGAGAAAGA